AUGGACACAAGCACACAUGGAUUUGUGCGCAGCAAAGCCCAGAAGCAUUUUGGUGACUCCUCCCACCCCACCAUUGUCGUCUGCCUCAGCUCCGAAUGGAAUCGUGGAAAAUCAAGGUCGGAAGCUGAAUCUUCUAGGAGCUUCCCCGGAUUUAGGUCCCGGCGUGAAUGCGGUGUUGCACAGAGACAAACCAAAUGCCUCGGGAAGCAUGCACCUGCCUGCCACACAUGGGACACUGGCACGGCUGGUGGCCCUCCGGGAGGGGAGGCUGGUGCCGAAGCGCCCUUGUUUCCAGGUCAAAGGACAGCAGACUCCGUGUGGCAGCCACGGUGCCAGGCUCCGCCAGGACCCUGCGCACACACGUGCUGGCCUCGGGCUCUGCCCCAUGGUCAGCUCAGGAACCGGGCUGAUGUACCGCUCUGUGGUGCGGAGGGGUGUACCACACACGUGCUGCACACACGCCACGUGGCUCCCACACCGCCAGCUUGGCCUCCAUGGGCUGCUGCCGUCCUGCUCCCAUCCCAGGCCUUUGCCCCAACUUGCGAUGCGGCAGAGGGUCGUGUCCUGAUCGCUCCUGCUGGACCCAGCCCGGCCAGCACCCUGGCCCUCUCCUUCCCCAUGGUGGGAGGGCCAGCACCCUGGUGGUCCCCUCGUCUCCUCUGUCCCGGCCUUGCACCCGAGCCCCGCUCCGCCGCUCCUCAGUGAUGUGCACCUUCCUGUCCCCGCCCCAUCCGGUCUGCGCACAGGGCGCCGCAGCCUGGGGCGUUCACCGCGACAUCCCGAUCACCACCGUGCAGGCUCAGUUUUGCCAAAAAACGACAAGAAGCAGCAGUUCGGUGAGGUGAACCCAUAGGAAGUUUCGGUGGUCUUGGCUCUUCAUCGAGCUCGUCAGACGUCUGCAGCGGACCUGGCUGGGCUGUGCCACAGUGGCUCCUGAUGUCCGCCUCGGCUACUCAGCCACCCUCUCCUCAGCUCUGUCCUGUCUCUGAAUUCUGGGGUUGUCUGAGGGUACAGGAGGAGCUGUGCUUGCUGUCUCCCCUGUGCAGCGUCCCCUCCACCUCGCCUCUGAGCUUACCGGUCACUGGCGCCGGCUGCCGGUCGUGGUGACCACACUCGUCCUGGCUGGUGCAUGCGCACAGCCCUGCUUCACCCUCCGUGUCUCCCCGUCUUGGUCCCCUUCCUGUUUGCAAAAGACCUA